UAUUGCAGUGAACUCCUGUCCUGCCAGCCACAAGGACUGUUGUUAAGAUUUGCUGCCUCUGAUGACUCUGAUAUAAAAAGAGGUGCAAUACAGUGCAUAGGAAAUAUGUGUAUGAGGUCAUCAGACGGUCAGUCAAUUGAAGAGGAAUAUCUUACAAAUAGUUACCAAGUUAUUGUUAAAUUACUACAGACACCAAAACAAAGUAACACGGAUGACAAUUCACACUGUCGGCUGAUAUUAGGUGCUUUACGUGGUCUACAAAGUAUUCUCUUGUCUUGUAAAAGAAUACAUCUUGACAAUGUUGGAGCCAUUUUAGCAGCUCUCAAGGUAUAUGCUGUGCUUGGAAUGGGAGGUCCUCGUGUUGAUAUCCAAAUACCAACUACAUUAUACCCUACACCCAUGGCACAAUAUGAUCUCAAUCCGACUUCACCUGCUAAACAGGCAGACAGUGAAGAUGUGACUCUCCGUCCAACGAGUGGUAAAGCUGGCAAAGGAAACAAGGCACAGGGAGGAAAAACUCAGCAAAGUAAAAGGACAAAGAAAAAAAGGAGCUCACAGAAGAAAAAUAAGGAGCAAGGAGAGGGGGAGGGAGAUACAACUGGUGACAAUGAGUUUGGCGCUGUUUCAGCCUCUAGAAAUACAGCUUCAUAUCAGUUGAAGGGCUAUUCUAGCAGUGAUGCAUACUCCUUUCGGCCAACCUGGGACAAGGUUAGCAGUUCAGAGUCUGAGUAUUCAGAUACAGAGGGAGGAGAGGCAGCAAAAAUAAAAUCCUGUAUGUCUAAAGUUAGACAGACAGCAUUAGGAUGUCUUCAUACAAUAAUAAGGGCUCGUGCUGGUGCUUUAGCUGUGCUGUCUUCACUCUUGGAUGGUUCAAAGCAGUACUUGGCUGCAGCUGCUGGUGAUCAGGAACGCCAGCCGGCCGCUUUUACACCGUUCUCGUGUUUAGCUAUUUUGAUACUUAAUGUUCCAUAUCAUAAACUACGCUCAGGGUUAUUAACAAAAAUGGUGAAGCAGAUUAAGCAGUUUCUAUCACACAAAGAUCAUAAUGUACGAGUGGCGUGUUUAACGUUUCUUGGUUCUAUAGUCAGUAUUCAGCCUCAACUUGAGGAGAUUAUCUAUAUCCUGCAGCCCGUAGACUCGGUUAAUAUCGGUAAAGCCAAUAGUAAACCGGACCUCAGUCUAAAAAGUGAUGAAGGGAAGGAGACAAUGGAGAGAAAAGAUGAAAUACAAACUGUAACUGAAAAUGUGAGGACUAUUUGUACUGAACCGAGUACUUCUAAUACUGAUGAGUCUUGUGAUGAAAGUCAAGGUUGUUUGAGUGAUUCUGCCACGGCAAAUAUAUGUGAACCGUGUGAAUUGUCUUGGCUUGUAAAGCUGUGCACCGCUUUGAUUCAUCCAUCUAAACUUGGACUUGAAGUACAUCUUGAUAAAUCACUUACAACUUCAGUUGGCUUAGGAAGAUCAUGGACUGCUGCAAGUUCUUCCAGUGAACCAUUGCCAGUGAGAUUAGAAGCAUUGCAAGUAUUAACACAGUUAGUCAAAGGAUACUUCAUAAUUGUGAGAUGUUGUCUCCCACAUAUAUGUCAUAUUAUAUAUGAAUGUCUGGAAGAGAAAGAUACAUCAAUACAGCUACAUGCUGCAAAGUUACUUGAAGAACUUGGUAAAGCAAUGUUACAACAAUUACAAGAAGACCUGACUGUAGAGAAGAAAAUUAACCGACUUGCAGCACAGGAG